AUGAGCUUCAAAUGGUGCAAAGUUUUCAAGCCAGAAGAAGAUCAAAGUAGGGGAAGCUGUUAUGAUAAGGAUGGGUCGGGAGAUAGUAAUUUGCAUGAUGAAUUGAAGCAAUUGAAGCAGCAUCAAAAUGUUCUCAAUUCUGUUAUGAAAUUAGGUGUAGUGAUGUGUGUAAUAGUUGUUAUUGUUUAUGGACAGGCAUUUGUAGGUUCUGCACUAGAAGAUGAUAUUAUAGUAGAAGGUGGUACUGUUUGGGGUGGGGGUGUUGCUUGGGUUGUAGAAGGUUGUGGUGUUGGUGGUGGGGAUGUUUCUUGGUUUGGAGAGGGUUGUGGUGUUGGUGGUGGGGAUGUUGUUGUGUUUGGAGAAGGUUGUGGUGUAUGUGGUGGGGCUGUUGCUGGAAUUGGAGAGGGUUUUGGGUUCUGA